AUGAGCACCGCGCGGAGCGUCAGCGCGACGGACGGCUGCGUCCACCCGCGCCACGUGGGGAAGGAGGCGAAGAGCUCGCGCUCGUUGUCCGCGGCGGUGACCUCCUUCCCUACGCCGGGGGUCUGCGUCGACGCCUGCGUCGCCGACGACGCCGCGUCGCCGCCGACGCCGGGCCGCUUCUUCCGCGCGUCCACCGCGGCGGCGGCCAUCUCCGCGACGCCGCUCGGUUCGCCGUUCGGCGACGCGCGCAGCAGCGGCACGGGGACGUGCAUCGCCACGGAGGGCGACUCGCGACGCGCCACCUUGUCCACGGGGAACGACGUCACCUCCGCGACGAUGGCGUCCUGCACCUCUCGGAGGACGAGGUCCACGCCCGUGCUGUUGCCGCUGUGCCACUGGAGCAUCGCCUCGAGGAAGUCCACCUUGCUCCCGGGCGCGACGGGGGGCGGCGCCGGGGCCUGGUAUAUCGUCACGCCCAUCCUCUGCGCGAGGCCCUCGAGCGGGCGGAACCAUCCGCCGCCGCCGCCGUCGGACCCGCUCUCCGCGGCGCGCGGCGCGCGCGCGACGCGGCGUCGUCCGACGACGCGACGCGGCGCGGGAACGCCGCCGUCGCCGCCCGCCCGAAGAACACCUCGCGGUGGCGGUGUCGACGUCGUCGCGACGCCCGCGCGCGCGGUCGCGGCGCGCGACUCGACGCGCCGCGCCGUCGCGCGCGCGCCCGUCGCGCGCGUCGCGCUCGAGGCGGACAUCUCGAGGAGAGCGAACGCGGCCCUCGCGCGCGUUCGCCCGCCGUCGUCCGCCCGCGGUUAUGCGCGCGCCCUAACCCUCGACGCGUGCUGA